CGGUGUUUUAACUUCUUUGCUAGCUACUCCUCCCGGAAGCAGUUAUCGCGCCGUGUCUAAACUAACUCGAAAGAAGCAGCAAUACUACUUUUAUAAACUGCGUAGCUACGUUUGGUCGUGAACGGCCGCUGAGUCAAAAAAAGCGACUCGAAGUUACAAACACGAGAGAAGACUUUUCGUCGAGUUUCGCUGGCUUACUUUGUCAUGAGAUUAGUUUGAGUGUAGUUGGUUAACCUAGGUAUCUUAGGCUCCCUCCCACUCUCUCCUCCCUUCAGUUUCCUGGAGACCAGUCUGAACACUUAGUCCGACGCUUUUCCGUGGCUAGGCGUUACUACGAGCCCAAGAGGGAAGCUCGUUCACUGAACUUUCUUCUUCACCACGGCAGGAAGAAGGCCGGGCACGGCCGGGUACGGGCGGGCGGGCGCUAAAUGGAUUUGGAUUAGCACUUCUUGCUGUGUAAAACCCCCGAGAAGACUCUGUGAUUUGACCUGGAUUUUUUCUCCUCCGGUGCUAGCCUAAUCUAGCUGUAGCAGUUAGCUAAUCUAAUCGGGCAAAUCCUCCUCCUGCCUGCACUGCGCCCUGAUCCACGCCUCGCCCUCAGUUCCCCAGUUCCAGCUCCGUGCGUCUGUCUGUGUGUCUGUCUGUCUAUGCGGAGAUGAUGAUGAGCCCUCAGCCGGUUUCCCGUUUGUCACUCAGGCUGAGGAUUUCGGGUUAGUUGGCACCGUUUGUACCUGCACUUCGUUCUUCUUUCAUGUGAGCAGCUCUGUCUUUGGAAGUGGACGAACUUCUGAACUUCUCAUGGAGUUGAACUCGGGCAGCUCGGGCUGAAAGUAAGUGGGCCGCUCGCUCUCUCGGAGCCGGGAGGAGAGGAGGAGGAGGAGGAGGAGAGGCACUAUGGCAUUAAGGGGGCGAAGAAGCCGCUCAAAGUUACUGCUGUGCAUUCUCGGAGCCUCGGUGUUUGUGUACUUCGUAUUUCACAGAAGCAGCCCUUCAGGCGAGGUCGGUCGGCCAAACCGACGAGGGGUGUCAGACGGCGGCAGCAUCGAUGUGGAGGACUCCGAGUCUCUGAAGAGACCCGUCUAUGAGAAGCCUCCGUUAGAUUUAAAUGCGCUGGGAGAGAUGGGCAGAGCCGUUAAACUAGACCUGACGGGAGAGGAGAAGAUAAAAGAGGAGGAGAGCAUUAAAAAACACCAGAUAAACACGUACGUUAGCGACAGAAUCUCUCUCCACCGCAGGCUGCCGGAGAGAUGGAACCCGCUAUGCAAAAAUCUGAAAUAUGAUUACCAGAGCUUGCCCUCCACCUCAGUGGUGAUUGCCUUCUACAAUGAGGCCUGGUCCACUCUCCUACGCACAGUGCACAGUGUACUGGAGACAUCACCUGACCUACUGCUUACAGAGGUGAUUCUGGUGGAUGACUACAGCGACAGAGAACAUUUGAAGCAGCCUCUGGAGGACUACAUAGCCAGCCUGAGGAAAGUUCGUCUGAUCCGAGCCAGGAAGAGAGAAGGUCUGGUCAGAGCUCGGCUCUUGGGUGCCUCCAUCGCCACGGGCGAAGUGCUGACUUUCCUUGACUGUCACUGUGAAUGUCAUGAAGGCUGGCUGGAGCCCCUGCUUCAUAGAAUAAAGGAGGAACCCUCUGCUGUUGUGUGCCCAGUAAUAGACGUAAUUGACUGGAACACUUUCCAGUACUUAGGGAAUCCGGGAGAGCCCCAGAUUGGGGGCUUUGACUGGCGCCUGGUUUUCACUUGGCACACUGUUCCUGAAUACGAGCAGAAACGAAGGCGCUCCCCUAUUGAUGUCAUCAGAUCUCCAACCAUGGCUGGUGGCCUGUUUGCAGUCAGCAAGAGGUAUUUCCAUUACCUGGGUACAUACGACACAGGAAUGGAGGUUUGGGGAGGAGAGAACCUUGAGUUUUCUUUCAGAAUCUGGCAAUGUGGAGGAAGUUUGGAGAUCCACCCCUGCUCACAUGUGGGCCACGUCUUUCCCAAAAAGGCUCCAUACUCGCGCAGCAAGGCUCUUGCUAACAGUGUACGGGCAGCAGAGGUCUGGAUGGACAGCUACAAGGAACUGUACUACCACCGCAACCCCCAUGCACGCCUGGAGGCGUAUGGUGAUGUGACGGACAGACGGAAACUGAGGAUGCGUCUAGACUGUAAGGACUUCAAGUGGUAUCUAGAGAACGUCUAUCCUGACAUCCAUGUCCCAGAAGAUCAGCCUGGCAGGUUUGGAAUGUUAAAGAAUCGAGGUAUGACCAACUAUUGCUUUGACUACAAUCCACCUGAUGAGCAUAAUGUGGUGGGCCACAGAAUCAUUCUGUAUCCAUGUCAUGGCAUGGGCCAAAACCAGUUCUUUGAGUACUCCUCAGACAGUGAGAUCCGGUACAACACGAGGGAACCUGCCGGCUGUGCCGUGGCUGACCCAGUCUCCACCUUCCUCACCAUCAGCCUAUGCAGAAAACCCCGAGAGCCAGUGCCGGAAGAUCAGAAAUUUGUGCUCAAAGAGGAUGGCACUCUGUACCAUGUCCAAACUCAGAAGUGUGUCGAAGCUGUAAAGACAAUGGACAACGGCAACCCUGGUCCUGCUCUUCGGCCUUGCACUAGCUCAGCCUACCAGCAGUGGUUCUUUGAGGAGAGAGCGUAACAGAAAGGAACCUUCCAGAAGCUUCCAGCACUUUCUCUGCAGUUUAGCAGCGAUAGAGUCAGGUUUGAAAGGGCAUUGUACAAAAAAGGCAGUUCUGUCACUCAACAAAUAUUCAUGCAUGUCCUUGCCCCAGUGUGUAUCACUUUAUUUCACUCACUCUGCUGAAUUUGGUGCUCUUUUCAUGCGAGUGUAUUUCUGGAAUUUCAAACAGUGGGAGGGAGGUGUAGACUUUAUUUCCACUGUUUAAAAACUAUGGCAUUAUAGCUAAAGAGCUGAAAGUGUCGACUAAAUCAGAGUUUCUUAGUCAGUGCAAACAUGUUUUUGAUCUUAAGCUCAGAUUAUUAUUUUGAAGUACUGAUUUUCUUUUUAGAAUAAUCUGUGUGUCGUUAUUCUCCAGCAGGUGCUCAGUAUUACUGGCUGAAACAUACGCAGCACAUUCUAAACAUCAGUUUUGUCCAGACUUCAGUGCUAUAACUGAAUAUUCAGACUGGCAUUUAGAAUAACACAAGCUGGUCAUUUGUGUUAAUCAACUUUACUGUGAGCUCUUCAGUGUCUGUAUAUUUAAAGGAGCUCUGCUUGUUUAUAUCUAAAACUCACCUUCACAAUUUACUUCGUCAUCAAAGUUACCUCUUCGGGCAGCUGGAUCGCUCCCCAUCCCUCCACUCCCCUCACUCCCAGCAGGCUGUGGUGUGCAUUUUUGGCUCAUUAUUGAGAUGAACAGCCACAGUGAUAUACACAGUGGCAUUGCUGCAAUUAUCAUUAUGAACCACUUGAUGGUGCCAACUCCUCCAUUUUCUCCUACAUAUCCUUCUGCCCUGUCCUCCAUGUUCUCUCUUCAGCUAACGCUGAUCAUUUACACGACCCACGUUCCAAUUACAGUAGUUCACGUUGCUGGUCUUAGCAGUGCCGAAGCAUUUAAAGUUCAGGAUGAAGAUUAAUCAUGAUGCUGACAUUUAAAAUCACACAUUAGCCUACCUCUUAUAGUCAUGCACCUGCUGAUGGGGACAUAAAAAAUGGGUAGCUUCAAAAUGGGACCAUGUUUUGAAGAAAUAUCAUGACCUGAAGGGGCUUUCCGUAGAUACUAGGUGAUCCUAUUAAUCAAAUUGUUUUUUACUUUCUCUUUUUCAUGCACUCCGUCAAUAAUAACCUGUGUAGAGUGUUUGGACGUAAACCUCUGUAGAUCCUUCAGAUUGUAACUGAGUAAUCGGUCAUUGAGAGUGAGUGUUCCACUACUUUGAUGCUGAUUUUUCACUGUGCAUACAUUAACAAAUUAAUAGACAGAAAUCAGUGUCCUAAAUUAUUAAUUAUUCUUGUUUAUUACUAUAAUAACUGAUGUUCUGUGCAGCGAGGAACUGCACUAUUUUUUUAAUGUAAUUUAUAAUUUUUUUCACUGAUGUAAGUGCCUUACUUUGUGUUACAGAAGACACAAAUCUUUCUCAGUGGUCUAAGAGAUUGCUUGUUAACAUUCUUUGCUGAAGUCAUUUCCUCUGAGCUGGAUGACUUUACAGAUGAGGUUUUGGGUGAGCAGAACAGAGUCUGUUGAUUCUCUGCAUUUCACCAAACAUUGUUUGAGCUGAGAUUAUGUGACACUGACAAAAUACUGCACAGAUGUUCAUGGAACUUCUGCAGAUAAGCAGGAGGUUGUCUGAUUUAUUAUCUGUGGAUUUACACUGGAGCCUAUUGUGUCAACGAUGGGGGAGCUUCCCCUGUCAGAGCCUCAAAAUGCUAGAGUGCAGAGAAUGGUUAACUGGUGAGGAGAAUAUAAACCUGUGGACAGUUUCCACUGAUGUUCAUGAGUCUCCAAGAAACCAAUUAUGAUCUGAAUAAUUGAAAUCCAUUCCGCUUCAUAAAUAUUAACUUUGUGUCAUCCACAAACAGGAAAAUGUAUACAGUGUCCACUACAUGGAAAAGAUAUACAGCUCUGCAACAACAUCUUUUUAUCAAACAUACUAUUAUAUAGUAUUAUAAAAUCAGAAACAAAUGUACUCUUUUCAUUUAAAAGUACUGGCCAUUGCUAACUGGUUCACUAAGGGCUAUGAAUAAUUCAUAUAUCUGCGGUGUGUUUUUGACCCACUGGUAUAUGCACUUUAUUUGUGAAGCAAUGCUACAGCAGAAGCAUUAACUGAAAGGAGCAAUUACAGUGGGUUCCAGAAGUCUGAGACCACAAGUUGAAAAGCUUCUAUAUUGCAUGCUUUUCUACUUAAAUACAGAGUUUUUCAUUGCAAGCGAUGCUAUCAGUAUAACAGUUUGAGUGAAAAGUUAAGUCUUUUGAAGUGUUUACAUGAGUUUUUUCUGAAGUAUUUGUUUGCUUUUUUGCUUUAAUGACGGCGAGCACUCGAGCUGGAUUAGACUCCACGCCUUUCAUGAGUAAAUUGAAUGCACCCGAUAGUUGUCUGAACCUUUGUGUACAAAGGCCUUGACAUGGUCAAUGUAAAAAAAAAAAAAAGGCUUAAAUUUCAGUAGUGACCUUAAAUAGUGUGAAGCCUUUAAUAUUUCUCAUUUAUUUCGCUUGUCAUCAUUUUUGGAGAAAACUCUAAAUCAUAAAACUUUAUUUCUGUUUAUUUGUAAACCACUGAGAUUGUUAACAUGGUCUCAGACUUUUGGAUGCCACUGUAUGCCAGGCCUCUGCUGAUUCUCAACAAUCUACUCUGUUUCUAACAUUAUAGUAAUGUCAUUGAGAUGGGAUUUACAGUGAAGAAAUGAUUUUUGGGAAGAAAUCUAAAUGCUGGUGACUUCAGGUAACUUUGUUGCUGUUAUCCAAGUGCCCUUGACAUAUCAUAAAUUAAUUUACAGCUUUUUUUAUAUAUUUCCAGUAACUUGUAAUUAAAAUCUUUGUGCUUUCUGGUGGAGUUUGUACUUUUCAAAUGACAGUAGGCCUUUUGAAGAAUCAGGCAUGUUUCAGGUGAAUCUGGGUUUUGUUUGUAUUUUGUAUCUUAACAUUUAAAAUAAAACCUUUCAGUAACAGUU